CUCAAACCAACCUCUCCCUUACUCACAACUCACAAGUCUAGUCCCUUCUUCCUCUAUCUCUUUGGCUAUUAGCAAACACUCUCAUAUUUGGUUGUUCUAGUUCUCACUACCAUGUCAACCCACAUUGAAAGCCUGUGGGUGUUGGCCUUAGCCUCAAAAUGCAUUCAAGAGAACAUUGCAUGGUCACUCUUGAUCAUCAUGGUCACUCUCUGGCUCACCAUGACCUUCUUCUACUGGUCUCACCCUGGUGGUCCUGCUUGGGGCAAAUACUACUACUUUAAUUACUGGAAAAAAACCACCUCAACCAACACAAACAUCAACCUUAAAAUGAUUAUCCCUGGUCCUAGAGGCUACCCUUUCAUUGGGAGUAUGAGUCUCAUGACAUCCCUCGCACACCACCGUAUUGCUGCGGCGGGGGAAGCAUGCAACGCCACCAGGCUCAUGGCUUUUUCCAUGGGUGACACACGCGCCAUAGUAACGUGCAACCCCGAUGUCGCUAAAGAGAUUCUCAAUAGUUCCACUUUUGCUGAUCGUCCCAUAAAGGAAUCAGCUUACAGCCUCAUGUUCAACCGCGCCAUCGGCUUCGCCCCUUACGGCGUCUACUGGCGUACCCUCCGCCGCAUCGCCGCCACGCACCUCUUCUGCCCCAAACAAAUCAAAGCCUCCGAGCUCCAGCGCGCUGAAAUCGCCGCCCAAAUGACAAACUCAUUCCGAAAUCACCGUUGCAGCGGCGGUUUCGGAAUCCGCAGCGUGCUCAAGAGAGCGUCACUGAACAACAUGAUGUGGUCGGUGUUUGGACAAAAGUACAACCUUGACGAGAUAAACACCGCAAUGGACGAGCUAUCCAUGUUGGUGGAACAAGGCUAUGACUUGUUGGGCACCCUUAAUUGGGGAGACCAUAUCCCUUUCCUGAAAGACUUUGACCUACAGAAAAUCCGGUUCACCUGCUCCAAAUUAGUCCCUCAAGUGAACCGGUUCGUUGGUUCAAUCAUCGCCGACCACCAGGCCGACACAACCCAAACCAACCGCGAUUUCGUUCAUGUUUUGCUCUCUCUCCAAGGUCCCGAUAAAUUGUCUCACUCCGACAUGAUUGCUGUCCUCUGGGAAAUGAUAUUUAGGGGGACCGACACGGUGGCGGUUUUGAUUGAGUGGAUACUGGCGAGGAUGGUGCUUCAUCCGGAGGUGCAAAGGAAGGUACAAGAGGAGUUGGACGCGGUGGUUAGGGGUGGCGCUUUGACGGAGGAGGUCGUGGCGGCGACGGCGUAUCUUGCGGCGGUGGUGAAAGAGGUUCUGAGGCUGCACCCGCCGGGCCCGCUUCUCUCGUGGGCCCGCUUGGCCAUCACUGAUACGACCAUUGAUGGGUAUCACGUGCCUGCGGGGACCACCGCUAUGGUUAAUAUGUGGGCCAUAGCAAGGGACCCGGAGGUGUGGCUGGACCCACUUGAGUUCAAGCCCGAGAGGUUCAUGGGUCUGGAAAACGAGUUUUCUGUUUUCGGGUCGGAUCUGAGACUCGCUCCAUUCGGUUCGGGUCGGAGAACAUGCCCCGGGAAGACUUUGGGUUUGAGCACCGUAACCUUCUGGGUGGCUUGGCUUUUGCAUGAGUUUGAAUGGCUACCGUCUGAUGAAGCCAAGGUUGAUCUAACGGAGGUGCUGAGGCUCUCGUGUGAAAUGGCUAACCCACUCAUUGUUAAAGUUCGCCCUAGGCAUGGAUUAAGCACUUAAUGAUAAUAUAAUUAAGCCUAUCUACGUUAUUAACUUGAAAUGUUUUAAUGGGAAGGAAAAAAAAAAAAAAGAGAGGUUUUGUUUUGCUUUUGCAUGUGGCAAGUGCAUGGCCCUUUGGAGCCACUAAAUGUCAAGCGAAUGGAUGAAUCAAAGGUAGAAAGCUUGAGAUGGCUCUGUCUCUAUACAAUGGGGUCAUCAGGGUUUUUUUUUGUUCUCUUUUUUUGUUUUUCUUUGUUUUUAUUAAGUUGACUAGUCUCAAGUUGUUUGGUUAUCGAGCAAAAAUUAGAAAAUAUAUCUAUUUCCAUUGUAAAUAUUUUGCUCAAAUUAAUACGAGCUUUUUAAGUUUGCCUCUA